GCUUCAUCCGGGCAUCCGGUGGCCUGGGGUUGUUUUGUUUUCUUGGCUGAAACUGGGAGCUUGAGGGUUCCCACUGCCGCGCUACACCGGGCUUCGGACCACUGCACGGGCGGGGCUGGACCUGCAUACUGGGCUGCGCCUCGCUGGACCCUUCCUGGCCACUUCCUCCGGACCUGUGUCCGGCAGGCGGCGGGAGACGGCGACAGCGUCUGGACUCCGCCAGGCUGCCGGACCGCGCCCUUCCCUGGGACUCUAAGGAUCUCUGCAAAAUCACCUUGCUCCUCCUACUUUAGAGCUGGAGAAACAGACCAGUGACCUGAAAAAUGUCUGGAUUUCUAGAAGGUUUGAGAUGCUCAGAAUGCAUUGAUUGGGGGGAAAAACGCAAUACAAUUGCUUCCAUUGCUGCUGGUGUUCUCUUUUUUACAGGCUGGUGGAUUAUCAUAGAUGCAGCUGUCAUUUACCCCACUAUGCAGGACUUCAACCAUUCAUACCAUGCCUGUGGUGUUAUAGCAACCAUAGCCUUCCUAAUGAUUAAUGCAGUGUCAAAUGGGCAAGUCCGAGGUGACAGUUACAGUGAAGGUUGCCUGGGUCAAACAGGCGCUCGCAUUUGGCUGUUCAUUGGUUUCAUGUUGGCCUUUGGUUCUCUGAUUGCGUCUAUGUGGAUUCUCUUUGGAGGUUAUGUUGCUAAAGAAAAAGCCAUAGUAUACCCUGGAAUUGCUGUAUUUUUCCAAAAUGCCUUCAUCUUUUUUGGAGGACUGGUGUUUAAGUUUGGCCGCACCGAAGACUUAUGGCAGUGAAAGCACCUGAUUCACUGCUCCUGUACAGCAGCCCUGCAUGGGUUUCUUUGUUGGCGUUGUUGUUUUUCCCUACUCACUCCCAGUCUUUUGUGAUGCCAUUUUCUAAACGUAUUUCUGAGUACAGUCUCGGCUUAAAUUUGUGUAAUACUAAAAUCAUGAGAACUCCCUAUUUAAACAACAACAAAAAAAACACUUGUGGUAUGCAUUUGAUUAACUUAUAAAAGAUUAAAAAGGAAUAUUUCAUGUGAGUAA